CGGAGAGAUAAACAAACAAAGCAAUAAAUAAAGAAAUUUUAGUGUAUAUCAACAUACACACGUGCAGGUUGGGCAUAACUGCAGAUUGUUCGAUGUUCUAUUUUCUGUAUGGUGUGUAAGAGAUAUUGGUAGAUUGCUAACAUGUCUGCUGAGCGCCAAUUUUUAUCCGUUUCUGCUAAGCUACCAAAAGAGUGGCAGCCGCGUUUGUACGAAUGGAAUCCUUAUCACUGUAGUUAUCCAGACGUCGCACAGAGGGGUUGGCGAAAAUGGUCAGCUGACUUCCCCGACUGGUUAAGCCCUCGAGAUACAUCGCAUCACGUCCAUUGGUUCAACAGGAAAACCAACAAUAUUCGACGAGCCAACUACAAAGCCAUGAACUACCAAUACGAAAGACCCUUCCAACCUACCAGCCGCUUGCACGAUGCGUUCGUCUCCAUUAGCGGGGAGGUAAUGCCUAAAGAAACCUCAGUCCCAAUGCCUACUAUGCAGUUCUUCACGGGGUCGUCAAAUUUAAGUUUGGUCAACGAUGUUGGAUUCCAGAAACCCAGAUGGGGUCAGUUUAAUCCAGACCACUAUGGGGACCCAUAUCAACACUUACACCUGCCUCCCCUAAAGUUGGGUGGAAAACCUUACCAUCGCAAUGAAUAUAUCUCUUACACCGGGGCACACUAGGUUCUUCACUUCGUUUUAGCCUCUACAGCUACGGCCAUACUGAAGCGCUACUUUCAAGAUGUGUUUGUGAUUGUUAAAUAUACAUACAGAAGUUUUCAAAUUUAACCGUUCGCAAUAAAUUUCAUUUCAUGUAAAACUUCAAAAGUAAA